AACGGGAGGGGUGAAAAUGCUGGCUGGGAACAAAAUUCCUUAGGCGUGGUUUUAAAUUCUUUCCUUGCGCACUCUUAGGGUCUUUCGAUAAAAAAAAAAGGCAGGAAAAAGCAGCAAUAAGUGAGGAGCAGUAAUAAUUAGUCUUGUGACCGCCUAAAGGUCAACCAAAUCAGAUCAAGGGUGACUAGAGGGAACACUCUGAAACAUGGCAACUCUCAGCAGUAACAGCGAGGAGAAUUUGAACGAGGUUCAACACAAUGCCAGCGUGAAAGAGGAACCGGAGGAUCCUACCAUUCAGACAUCUGACAUUCUGCUCUCUCAAGAUGUGUUGUGUGACUCCUGCAUGGACAGCCCCAGCAAGGCCCUAAAAUCCUGCCUGACCUGUCUGGUUUCUUACUGUGAGGCCCAUCUCAGACCCCAUCUGGAGAACAUCAAAUUUCAGAACCACCGCCUGGUGGAUCCCCGCCAUGACAUCGACUGCCGGACUUGUGAGGUUCAUCAGCUUCCCCUCGAACGCUUCUGUCUGACGGACGGCUGCUGUGUGUGUCUGGACUGCGAGAGCCAGGAGCAUGAAGGGCACACAAUUGCAUCCGUAGGGGUGGCAUGUGCACAGAUUGAGGCUGAGAUGCAGAAGAAACAAGAGGAGAUCAGUCAGAGUACCUCAGCAGCUGAGAGAGCAAUUGAAAAGCUGCAGAGCAACAAUGACUUAAUCAAGUCUUCAGUGCAGGAGAUUUGUGUACUCGUUGAAGAGCAGUUUGCAAGGAUGCAGGCAACUGUGGAGGAGGCCAGAAAAGGGGCCAUGGAGGUGCUGGAGGGGGAGCAGAGACAAGCCCUCAGACAGGCAGAAGGCAUCCAGGCACAUCUGGAGCAGAAGAGAACAGGGCUGAUGAAAACAUUGGCUCAAAUUAACAAAAUGUCCAGGAGCAAGUCUGACAUUGACUUCCUUCAGGAGUACUCAGAUUGGAAGAAAGGAGUGGCAGAUGUACGUCUGCCCAAUGUGUACGUCAACCGCAUGGACUAUCUAACCUCUUAUGUCCAAGUAGUGACUGAUGCUACACAGGAGCUGUGUGAUCUGAUUCUCUCCUCCUACAGGGACAAACUGAGCAUGUUUUGUAAAGGUGUAGGUACUAAAUUGACGAUGCCAGAAUCUCAACUUUCAUCCCUGCCUGAUCCUGAGACCCGAGAGGACUUUUUGAAAUACACAAAGAGUUUGACCUUUGACCCAGACACCACGCAUCAUUUCCUGCGUGUAACAGAGGACAACAGAAAGCUCACCAACACCAGCCCCUGGCAGCACAGCUACCCAGACCACCCUGAUCGUUUUGAGUACUGGCGGCAGGCGAUGACUUCACAGAGCGUUUACUUGGGGAGGCACUACAUUGAAGCAGAGCUGAGUGGGGAAGGUGCUCACGUGGGAGUCACAUACAAGAGCAUCGAUCGUAAAGGAGAGCAGAGUGCCUGUUGCAUCACCGGGAACGACUUUUCUUGGUGCAUGGGGAGGAACAGCCGAGGUUUCUUUGCCUGGCAUGCUGGUCUAGAGACGGCCUUGGAAGUUACUGAUAUCAAAAGAAUUGGCCUAUAUGUUGACUUUCACCAAGGCUCUGUGUCUUUCUAUGAUGUAACUGGUCCUAUGAGGCUGCUCCACAAGUACAAGGCUGAUUUUAUAGAGCCACUAUAUGUUACUGUCUGGCUGUCAAAGAAAGACAAUGUCGUUUCUCUGGUUAAUGAAAGAUGAUGCCUCUCCCCAGCUUUUAUGAACAAAUUACCAGCUGCCAUCAAUUUGAGCUUGUAAAAGAAAAAUAGUGCGCUAUAAAUGUUUAUUGAGGUUACAUAACAAGGUGCAUAUAUGGAGGAUUUUUUCACAUACAUGUGACUGACACUUAAAUUUACCACCACCUAGUGGUAACUCUGCAGCAUGAACAUAAGAAACGUGCAGCAGUAGGUGUUUUAGGAUUUUACUGCUGCUUUACUGCAACUUUACUGCUCUUUAACGUGAUAUAAAUGAGGAAACAACUGCCUGCCAACAAUUCUUUUAUUUGUCUUACAAGUUCAUUUGGUUAUUAAAAUGCUUCAGUGUCA